AUGUCGUGGAGACCAAGAUAUUUUGAUAUAGGUGUCAACUUUUCUGACUCCAUGUUUCAGGGUUACUAUAAUGGUUCCACCAAUGCGAAACACCCUUGUGAUAUUGAAGAUGUUAUAAGCAGGGCUCAUUUGUUCAACGUGGAUCGAAUGUUGAUAACUGCUUCAACAAUCAAAGAGAGUCGUGAACACUUUAAGUUAUGCGAGAGGUAUCAAAACCAAUUCAAUUCCACCGUAGGAGUACAUCCUUGUUCAGUUGCCAGUGAAUUCUAUGAGAGGAAAGGUGACUCUUACAGCGAAAAUUUGAGACCUGAUGUUGAUGAGAAGCUCACAGAGUUGAAAGAAAUUCUAAUUGAGGGAUACAGACUGGGACAUGUAAAGGCAUUUGGAGAGAUUGGGUUGGAUUAUGACAGACUACACUAUUCAACCAAGCACCAACAGCUUGAAAUGUUCAAACUUCAAUUGGACAUUCUCACUGAGAUAGACUUUAGCAUUCCUCUAUUUUUACACAUGAGAGCUGCAUGCGAUGAUUUCAUAAAUGUGCUUAAACCCUAUAUUGAUGAUGGCGUUGUGAAGAAUGGCGUUGUGCACUCGUUCACUGGAACUGAAGAGGAAUUGAACAAAUUGUUAGACCUCGGGUUUUAUAUCGGUAUCAAUGGCUGUUCGCUAAAAACAGAGACAAAUUUGGUUGUGGCAUCCAAAAUACCAAUUGAAAAGCUCAUGAUUGAAACGGAUGCGCCAUGGUGUGAAAUAAGGAAAAGUCAUGCUAGUUAUAAAUUCAUCACACCAUACCCCAACAAAUUUUACCCAGAGGUUCAAGCUGGACCACUCAACGAAGAAAAACCUCAAUUCAAACUUGACGAUAAUUUACCAUUUCCUUCAAUAAAAAAGGAGCAUUAUACGAAACAUCGGGAGUAUGCGCAGAAGAGAAUAGAAAGUCUUCAGCAUGAUACCGCACCAGAAACUAGACUUGGCAUUCUUAGCAAGCCAUUGUUCAAAUCUCGCAACGAGCCUGUUCAAGUUGGCCAUGUGGCUGAGAUUCUUUGCAAGUUACAUGGAAUCACUGAUAAUUCAGGUGUAGAGAAAUUUAUAGAUACAAUUUUUGACAACUCUGUAAAAGUUUUCCAUUAA